AUGAAUAGCCUGAUCCUGCACGGUUUGUACAACUGCAGCGCCGCGGUUCUUGAUCGCAAUGUCACGUUCUUGCUGAUGUUGAAUCGCAGCGAGCUCCUCAGCGUGUUGGGGGAUGCUUUAGACAGCUCGAGCGAACGCGAUGCGCUACGUGAUGCGUUUUUCGAUUGCAUUUUUAAUUAUCAAGAACGACCGUUCGAUCUCCCAUGGUGGCAGAAGCUUUCAUGGUCCCUCGUAUUCGCUGCCAUGCUGUUAGUAGCCACUGGAGGGAAUAUUAUCGUCAUCUGGAUCGUGCUUGCACACAGUCGGAUGCGCACCGUGACCAAUUACUUCCUAGUCAACCUCUCCAUGGCGGACUUAAUGAUGUCGUUGCUCAACUGUGCUUUUAAUUUCAUUUUCCUUCUAAACUCUGAUUGGCCAUUCGGAGUGGUGUAUUGCACCAUUAACAACUUUGUGGCACAUGUGACAGUUGCCUCCAGUGUCCUCACUCUGGUUGUUAUUUCUUUCGACAGGUAUAUGGCCAUCAUGAGACCUCUUAAGCAUCACAUGUCUCGCAAAAGAACAGUGAUAGUCGUGUUCUUAAUAUGGACGAUCUCAUCAAUAUUAGCAGUGCCCUGUUUGUUAUAUUCAACAACAGACUCGAGAAGGUAUUCAAACGGAAGGACCAGAAUUUCUUGUUACCUGUUGUGGCCAGAUGGACCCUAUUUGCAUAGUAAAAUCGAGUACUUUUACAAUUUGGUAUUCUUGAGUGUAACAUAUUUAAUUCCUAUGACUAUAAUGGCAAUAUGUUAUACCUUCAUGGGUUGUAAACUUUGGGGUUCGAAAUCCAUAGGAGAACUGACUUAUUAUCAGAAGAAAUCUAUGAAAUCCAAACGCAAGGUUGUGAAGAUGUUUAUUAUAGUUGUUACAAUAUUUGCAAUCUGCUGGUUACCGUAUCAAGCCUUUUUCAUUUUCGUUUAUCAUCAUAGACAUUUUACAGAGAGCAGUUAUAUCCAACACGUUUAUUUAAGCUUUUACUGGCUCGCUAUGUCAAAUGCUAUGGUAAACCCCAUCAUAUAUUAUUGGAUGAACAAUAGAUUUCGUGUAUAUUUUCAAUUGGUAAUUUGCAAAUGGGAAUUAAAAAACAGUGGGAGUCGUCCAAUGCAGGAAUUUGUGAAUCUUCAACGAUCAGAUAUUAUUCCCUAUAAUUCAAGUCGUUUCAAGUCAUCAUCAUCCCGCUGGAAGCACGAGAUGACUGAAACACAAAAUUUUAGAACGCGGUCAAGUUACAGAAGAAGCCACAAACAAAAUGCAACUGUUGUUUAA